UGCUUUGCUGCAUUCUUGCAAGGCAAAAAGGGCAAAGCAAAGCAGGAGAGCGGAAUGAGAAAUAAGCAAAGCGUGUGGUGUUUUGUAUUUGCUUGUUGAGAGCGUUGUCAAUUUCUUUGGUUGGGUUCGUCGCAAAUCUUCUUCGACGGCACCAAAUCUCUCUCUCUCUCUCUCUCUCCAUUUCCCACUGGGCUGGGCGGGACUCCAUAGAUGCAGCCACAGCCACAGCCACAGCCACAGCCACGCCACACGCCGUCGUCCUCUACCAGGGUUUCCCCUCCACCGCCUGAUUCCUGGUGUCUAUGGGAAGCAUGGAUCGACUUGAUGAUCGCACUUUCAACGUCAACUUCAGCGGCGAGGGUGCUGCCCUGCUCUGGGACACCGUCAAGCUCAAGCUCAAGGAGUUCAUGCCCGAUUACGCCGACGACACUCUUGUGGAAUACGUUGUUGUCUUAUUGAGGAAUGGCCGGCGAAAAGAUGAAGCGAGGAAUGAGUUGGAUGUUUUCUUGGGAGACGAUAGCGAUUCUUUUAUAUCUUGGUUGUGGGAUCAUUUGGCCAAAAAUUUGGAUCUGUACAUAAAGCCUGAGGAACCAGAAGUAAACGAUUUACAUGAAGUGAAACCGAUGUCAGAGGAACUGCCCGACACAGCAGAUUCUCUAAACCUAGAGCCUGAAUCUGAAAAGGGAAAAUCAAGUAACUUAUCAAGAAGUCGCCGCAAUAGGGAAUGGAAAGGACUAAUGGGGGAUGCCGGCGAACCGCCUCCUCUCAAGAGCUCGGAGAGCAGGCAUAUACAUGAGGAGGCAAAAUCUUACCCCAGGGAUCAUCGUGCAAGAAGAUCCAUUUCUCCUCAACAUGCAACGCAGCGGAAAAGGAGUCGGCUGGAUGAACGGCAGCAUAUGAAGCAGAGGGACUCAACUUCUCAAACGAUGGAUGCUCCUAGAAGGUUGCUGCAAUUUGCCGUGCGAGAUGCUGUGGCAACUUCCCGACCUUCCGACUCUGCUGGAGAAUCUACUUUGAAGCGACUACGUUCCGUGGUUUCGACUACCUCUGAAGAUGUAGUUGAUCGGCCUCCGAGAAUCCGAUCUGUUGCAAGGGUGCCAAAUCCCAUGGCGACUGUGAUUAAAGCUGUAGCAGAAGCUGCCAGAGAUGUGAGAAAAGCAAAACCUUCAGGAAAUGUAUUCGACAGACUAAGUCGUGCAGUGGAGGUUUCAGAGCCUGAGCUUGUUGGAGAAGUUGCUGCAGCCGAAGAUGAUGAAUUUGAAGACUUAAACCAAUUUGGGGAGCAUACCUGUUCAACUCAGCCUCAAAGACUUGACUAUGAUGAAAGCUAUGAUGGGGAUAUGACGAUGAUGAAAAGGGAAAGCACUCUGGGAUAUGAUUAUAUAUCGGACAACGAAGGGUAUGAUGAAGGAAAAGUUACUGGGCACUCCGAUAUUUCUCAGACUAACAUACAUGGUGGAAUCAGGCAUGAAGAUUCAGUGAUAAUGCAGUACAGUAUAUCAGAGACCACUGAAGAUGAUAUUAGCUUUAAACGGAAAAAGAAGAUGGAGCAGCUGCCUGUGACAGCUAAUUCUUCCCAUAAGAUGGCUAACAUUCCUGUAAAUGCAAAUUCAUGGCAGCCUUCUCGCCAACAGGCUGGACACGAUGCUACUAAGCUGGACAACCAGCACCCUCCGCGAGGAAGUCUGGCAGUGGCAAAGAACUCUGAUGGCCAGGUCAUAGGGAACAACAAACACAUCUCUGUUGCUAAUGGAAAUGCACAACCUGCUGCAGAUACUCCCAAAGAGUCUCAGAAAAUGCUAUCAUCAACUCCUGGAUUAAAUUCUACAACUCGUUCUUUGGAGGACACUGAUUCUCGGACUGUUUUUGUGAGCAAUGUUCAUACCGCUGCCACCAAGGAUAGUCUUUCUCAGCAUUUCAAUAAAUUUGGUGAAGUACUAAAAGUGAUAAUAAAUACUGACGCAGCGACUGGACAACCAAUAGGAUCAGCUGUUGUGGAGUUCACGAAGAAAGAGGCUGCAGAUGAUGCACUUUCUUUGGAUGGGUCCUCUUUUAUGUCACGGGUUCUCAGGGUUGUAAAGCGGAAUACGACUCUUCAGAAGAUCUCUCCAAUGACCUGGCCACGGCUUGGAAGGGCCUCUCCUUAUGCAAGGUUUUCCAGAGUUCCUUUUUCCAGAGGAAUUCCAGGUGCAUUCCGUUCUCGUCUGCCUGUCAGACCUGGUGCAAGGAGCUUGCAAUGGAAGCGGGAUGCGCAGGGCACUCCUGUAGAAGGUGGGACUAGCAUUGCUGCCAACAGCAUCCCCUUUUUCGGUACCCGGAGAUUUACCUACGUGCGUACCGAGUCUAAACCUACUGAGAACACUGGCGGAACAUAGUUUAUCGGUGAAGUUGUGCUCGAGGAAGUUUAUGGCGGCAAAUGCCUCAACUUGUUUCUCUCCGAGACAAUUAAAAGCUGCAAAAUCCAAUUCCAUUGGAAUGUGAAACACAUGCUUUAUACUUGCAUGUUUAGGCUAGGCGUGUCACGAAGGACAAUAUCUUUCUUGGGUCGUACAAAGAUUUGAUCUUCCAAGUGAAGGAUAUAGGGUAUGGAAAGGUUGAUGCAAUUUUGGCAGAAGUAAUGUUUUUCGGGUAGUUCACUGGCAGCUUGGUCUUUUUCCUUCCCAAUCUAUAUGGAGAGACAGAUUGUAAUAUGUGAAUAGGGAUAGGAAUUGGUAGGUCUUUUCGGUUUCUUGUUUUGAUGCAAGGACUUGGACCUGCUUCUUGUUUCAGGACUUUUAUUGGACGG